UUUCUAUACUGGCUACGGGCAUGUCGCAUGGGUAAGGAGAUGGCCAGUGAAGCAAUGUCCGGCGCCCCCGGCGACGCGGGGUCGCUCCAGAUGGACGCCAUAGCGCAAUGCAUCCAGGUCGUUCCCGAGAAAACCAUGCUGGAGAUCAGCAAGGGACCGCUGGGUCGAUUCAUGCAGUCCUGUGAGGAUAUCCAACAAGUGAGCCGUGUAUGGCAGAGUCUGCUGAAGACCUUUGCGACGGCGUCGAUCUCGCAUGGCCAUACCUCGGUGUCUUGCAACACCGUGAGCGCAUUCCUCGAUGCGGCGCGGAUCUCCAAAUGCGAGGCUACCAGGCAGUUGGUUCUCUCGCGCGAGACAUGGAUGUCGGUGUUCGAGGUCUUCUUGGUUCGCUUCAAGGACGGAAAGCCCAAGCCGAUGAAGCAGCUGCUGGAAUCCUUGGUAGCUCUACUAACCAAGCAUCUCGCCGAACAUGACCGGCAAUUCAUCAAGUCGCAGAUCAUCGAUGCGACGCUGCCCAGCAUCGUGUUGAACGAACGUCGUUCGCAGCUCAAGGCGUGUCUCGUUACGCUGGAGAUCUUGGUCCGCAAGAAUGCGCUCCCGCCAGUCGAGCUCACCACGAUGGUUCGAAGCUGGCUGCGGGAAAAUGCCGGUCGAUGGAUCCCUCUGUUCCAAGAGGAUUGUAAAGCUCUCGCGAUAGACGUAACCCAAUUUCUCGAGAAGACCUCCGAUGAUGGGCCUGCUACCCUUGAGUCGCAACGACCAGCCGCAGAAGUGUUUGUGCUGGCCUUGGUGGCCCAGGCUAGAAGCUUCGAGCUGGCUGCAGGCCCGGGUGAUACCAUGACAGCUUUCUUCCAGAAAGUGAAAGCCUUGCCCCCGACUAGUCACUCCCGCGAGCAUGUGCAAGGGUUGUUGUCAGUCUGGGUGGCCCCGGUUAGACACGUUAUUCUGCAGAACAUGCAUCUCCUGGAACCCAUGUCUUCCUAUUUUCUCCAUCCCUUAUUCAGUAUCGACCCGAUUGGCUUCCGAGGCUUUCUAAACCAAUUGCCUUUUGAGAACCUCUUAACGGGAGACAUGCAUGAUGCCCCGGUCGACGAACUCUCUCUUCUCUUUGCGUCGUUGCAAAUGGCGAAGAAGAUUGGGUUGGUACAUGAAGAUCAUACCUCCCCCAAGGGUCCCACUGCCAAAGGCGGAGCAGCAGAUGAAGGCAUCAUUCUGAAGAGCGAAGUGAUCGGACAGUUUCUCUUCCACCGAGAUUUCAGCAUCAGAAUAGCUGCCCUGUCACUUCUGAUCACGGCGAACGCCACUACCAAACCCUUUACGUCGGCCACCAUGAGAGCCAUCCUCAAGGGCCUCCCUUCCUUACACGCCGAAUCGGACGCCUAUUCUCGCGGGGAGAUACUGAGUAUUAUCCGUAAAUUGAUUCCACGCCUCAAAGGUGGCAUCAUGAGUAGUGAGCAAAACUGGGCCGAGGUGAUGGCUUCCGCAAACAAGAAACAGCCUCCCAACUAUGCGCGUGACGAUCCAGAAACCCGAGCUUGUUUGACGGAGUACCUGGAGUUUCUAAAGGCAGACCUUCAGCCCACAGCAUCCUAUCAGCGUCAUAUCACGUCUUUGAAAACGUUGAUUCUCCUUUUGGAGUCUGGACUGGAUGCCCGUUUUGAAGGUAGCAUCGUUAGCAAAAGCGAAGGGAAUCUCACCAAAUGGAGAUUCAAUACCGAGGUCUUCGAGCCCAAUCUCUUACGAUUGUUGGUUGAUCUGCUUCUGGACCCAUUUGAGGAAGUCCGAGCCAGGUCUCUCUCGAUUGUUAACUUGUUUCCGCGCGAUCUCUUGCUCGGCGAUGGCGUACAAUUGGCUAGUAACGCUUCAGACCAGGCUCAGCUGCUAGGUGCGCUGGACACGGCAGAGCAAAUGGCAAGCCGGACCAGUCGUGCGGAUUAUGCGGACACCGUUGCUCGUUUGUAUCACAUCCUGUUCUGUGCGGCGCAGUCUUCUUCUAUAGAUGCCUCGCAGUGGUGGGAAACAAAGAUCGGCGUGGUCGAUGCUAUUCUGAAGAGACUGGAAGCGAAACUCUCUCUAUCCGGGGCGAUUGUCAAAUAUCACCUGCGCGAUGCACCAUUGCACGGACACGUUUCUGCUCUAAGGUAUAUCGUUUCAACCACAGACUUCCAUGCCCUCAUAUCGGGCCCUGAAUCGCCAAACUACGAGAACUGGAGGUCUACACACGCGAGGAUUGUGUCUAUUUGCGACAAAAUCUGGAAUGAAGUGAAACCUGUGCUGUGCAUCGAUUCCCCCGAAGGCCAUAGUGACGAGCCCGCCGAAGGGCUCUCUGUCGGACCGAAGGAUAUUUUGUCCUACUCCUGGCGUGCUCUGCGCGAGUCAAGUCUCCUUCUUCACGCGACGCUUGUCAAUUCUACAUAUGGCCCGCAAGGGUCGUCGGGGUUGACUUACGAUGACUACCAGAAGAUCGGAACAACCAGCUUUACUCAGCUUGCUGAACUUCGUCAUAGAGGAGCAUUUUCGACUGUCUCUCAAACUUUCGCCACUUGCUGCUUGCGGUGCGGCCAGUCCAGCGAUCCAGAAGUUGCAGACCUUCCGACUCGAUGGUACCAGGAUGCCAGAAAGAUUAUAUUUGAAGCAGCCUCUAAACUGACACGUCGGUCGGCCGGUCUACCUGCUUUGAUCACCGGUAUCGUGUCAGCAAAGCCGGGAGGACCACUGUUUCGAAAGGUUGUCGAUGACCUUCACGAGAUCUCACAUUUACCAGCCGCCCAUAGUGACAAGCAAGACCUGGAAUUACCUCAAGUUCAUGCUAUGAACUGCCUGAAAGACAUCUUCACAAACACCAAGUUUGGGGCUUUCACGGAAGCCUUUAUCAUGCCUGCGUUGACCUUGUCCGCCGAACGAAUUGGGUCUCCUAUAUGGGCACUCCGUAAUUGUGGAUUGAUGCUCUUCCGGGCUCUACUAACGCGUAUUUGUCGCACCGGAACUGGCCUAGGAUUCGGUGGUAAAUCCGGAUCAGAGCCCGGAGCUCGAGUUUCCUUCCAAAAAUACCCGGGCUUGAUCCAGCUGUUGUCGACUCUCCUUACUGAGGAAGACACGCGGAAUAUUGCGGCACAGGAUGACCAUUCCAUUGUUACGGAACGUGUGUUCCCGGCAUUGGAGCUCAUUGCUGAAAAGGUUCCUAAUGUCUACGACGUCGAUGACCGGAUGAUUCUCGGACUGGUCAAGACACAACUCAGCAGCCCCGUUUGGGGUAUCAGGGAGCAUGCAGCCCGAGUAUAUGCAUCGAUAUUGAAUCGCUCUGAUAUCAUCAAGGAAGUUAGAUCGCUGAUUGACGAUGACGCACAGUCUAAAGCACAAGACUUGCUUCAUGGAAAGGCGCUUUGUGUGAAGUAUGCGCUACGUAGAUUCGCGCUUGUCUCCAACUCCCUCUGGAACGAACACGCUGAUGAGCUGUCGUCGUUUAUCAAACACUUUUUUGCGAUGGUAUUCACUCUUGCCGAAUCGCCCUUUGUUGCCACUACUCUGGUGGAGGUCCUGACCGAGACCGUGGUGAAAAGUCUUGACUCCGGCUCCGAAACAAUUCUCUUUGCUACUCUGAACGAUAUCUUCGACGCACACUCGUUCGAUGAUAUCCUGGACUUUAUAUUUGACUCCACCCAUCCUUCGUGGAAAUCAUUGAGUACGACGCGUGCAGCUUCUCUCCUAAGAAGAGCACUGUCAUGGGCUGCGGUUUUGCGGAGGCUCGGUACGGAUGAGUCCAACGAACUGGAGACAUUCAUCCUGAAGGUUUCUUGCUUUGAUGCCAACGCUGGUGCUUGGCUACUUGAACAGGUGCAGGAGACAUUUGGUGAAAACACCGGAAAGAGAAAUACUCUUCUUCGCCUUUAUUCGGUCGUCAUAUUGGGAGAUUAUCCCGGCGAUGUCAAGUCAUCGGCCAUUGCCAGUCUGGCAUCGUCCCUAGAGACUGUGCUUGAUUUCAGCCGCGACAACUUCCACGGGAUCGAACUUCCAUGGGAUGCUCUGGACAGGCAAAUAAACCUUGGUUCAGACGCACCCAUCUGGAACCGUGAUCGAUCCGAUGCGGAAUUGCGUCUUCAGGGAUGUCUCUUGGCCGCCAAAGUCAUCUCCAAUCAAAGUGGGAGCUUGCAGGAAGAUGUUUCUAGGUGGACGAUCAAGCUUCGAUUUGCGAUGCAGGAGGAAACAGAAUUCACAACUCGCCACGCGGCAGUUGCCUCCAUCACCGCAUUCGGGCGUGUGCUCCGUUCCCCGGGCAAGGCCCCCGUUGCCGAGGGCUUUUUCCUGGAGCCGUAUUUGAUCCUAUAUGACAUGCUGAAUGACGAUGACGAGGAGUUGCGUGAUCUCGCCGCCUUGACCGCCUCAUGGGUGCUCUCAUAUUCUUCCGUCACGUCCUCCAAGGCCGUGACGCUGUCGCCCUUCAAUGCCAGUCAUCUUCUUUCCGAAUUCAUCGUUGACAACUACUCGGGGUCACCCACGCUCUGCGCCCGUGUGAUCCGGUACAUUACAGGUCAAGAAACUCGAAUUGGAGGAUCAACCCAAAGGAAGCGCCUGUCUUCAGUGUCCGACCUGAUUUCCGAGCACAGGCAAGAAAGCACCACCCUUUUCGAGGAAGAGAAACAAAACCUGUUCGUCGACGAGGUUCGCGAAGUCGAAAGAUGGUCCGGACAACUGCUUAGACUGACGAAGGGCUCAUAUGACGACCGCUUGACUGUGUCUGUCUCUCAAUGGGUUUCCGACGGACUUUCGUAUCUCAUCGAGCUGGCAGUAGACGGUGCUGGGUCGGGCAAGGACGGAUUUAUAGGCUGGACCAGCAAACCCGAAACCUUUACCUUGGGUGUCCGUCUCAUUAAUCUCGCGGCCGUGAUGGCGUCGCCCGGGUUCCCUGCUUCCAGGAGCCUUGGGGGUGAAGGACCAACGUUGAAGGAGAAGCUACAGCUGCUCUACAUGCAUGGGAAGGCGGUAUCGUUGCAUGUUGACUGGCUCUCUAGGAUUCGGCGUGCAGUGGAUGCUUCAUGAUAUCUUAUGAUUUGGUUUAGAUAAAAGUUAUAGAC